AUUACUACAUUAGUAAAUGCAAAAGAAAAGCCAAUAAAGUCGGAGAAGACAUUACGAGCAAUUGUGCAUGUUGGCCAGGCUGUUAAUUUUGCUGUUCAAAAAUUUGUAUCUGUUGGAGAAGCAAUUGCUGAUGAUAAUUGUGAAAUAAAAUCUGACAUGUAUGAAGCUUGUAGAGAUGCCAAAUCUGCAGGUUAUUUUAUUGAACAGUUAUGUGAUGUUCAGCAUGAUGAAUGUGGUCAACUGAGGUCAUAUGCUGAUAAAACUAACAUGGUCAGAGCUGCUAGAUCAUUAUUGUCUUCAGUGACUAGAGUCCUUCUGCUGGCUGAUACGGUUGUAGUAAAGCAACUUCUUAUGGCUAAAGACAGAGUAUCCAUGAGUUUAAAUCGUUUAGAAAAUGCAAAGAAUUUUACAGAAUUUGUGAAGGCUUUUAGUCAAUUUGGAACUGAAAUGGUUGAACUUGCUCAUUUAACUGGUGAUCGACAAAAUGACCUAAAAGAUGAACGUAGGCGAUCUCAGAUGGCUGUAGCGAGACAAAUCCUAGAAAGAUCUACAAUGAUGCUUCUUACCUCUUCAAAGGUAUGUUUUCGGCAUCCAGACUGUGAAUUUAGUAGAGAAAAUAGAGAUGCUGUGUUUCUUCAGAUGCGUCAAGCGGUGGAAUUAAUACAUUUUGUUGCUAAAGAUGGACUGAUCUCAGAAGCAUCAAAUAAAUUUCAAAGUGUUCAGAAUAAUAGAUCUCCAAAUGCUCUCUCAUUGUUACUGUGUACUGAAGAACUUGAAUGCAGUUAUUCUCUGUAUAAUUUAAUCAAACAUUUUGAGUGGAUCAGAUUUCUGGAAAGAAUGGGCUCUUGCAGGUAUCUUUUCACUUCUGCUGCGGGAGCUGAUGAAGUUCGAGAGUCUUUAACUUUACUCUCAAACUUGAACCAAACCGAUGAUUCAUCUAUCUCUUCAUCAUCCCUUCCACAUCCUCAACAAGAUUAUGGGUAG